CAACUGCGAGUUUGGGCGUCAUUUGUGCCUUGGGAUGACACACAGACUGGAGAAUGCAAAUUCACAUCGUAAUCGUCUAAAAUUGUGCAAAUUUAAGUGGAAACAAGACGUGGAUAAACAAAAAUCCCAUCACUCGACAGCGUCGCUUUCCCGUGUACUUCAGUACGGUGACAUCGACCUGCCGUUUAUCGAUGAAUGUUGGCAGGACGCCGCGCAUUUAUUUUGCGCCCUUCAUGGUCCCAACUUGUGUGCUUCUUUCGACUGCCUGAGUUUAAUGACGGAAUUGGAUAAGUCUUUUGACGGGAAGCAUUCCAAAGGCGAGAAUGUAACUUGCGGCUGUCUUCCUUGUGGAAAUUUCCGAAAGGUCAAAAGUUGAUGUAAUCUACAUUAUCAUGAAUUUUCGGUAUUUCGUCA